UCGGAUCCUGCCCCGCGGGCUCCAUGGAGAAGGUGGCGGCGGCGCAGGGAGGCAGCAGCGGGGAUGGAGGCAGCAACAGCAGCAGCCGGAGCAGCAGCCGCCCCACGUCGGCGGGCUCGUCUCCCUCCUCCAUGGGCCGCGGGCCGCCGGGCCGGCCAGCGGCGGGCAGGCUGGAAGGCGGCGGAGGAGGGAGCAGCAGUAGCCCGGGCUCGGCAGCUGCGAGCCCGGGAGGAAGCGGAGGGGGGCCGGCGCUCGGCAGCGGCCGCAGGAGGGAGCCGACGCUGGAGGGAGCGCUCAGCAAAUACACCAACCUCCUGCAGGGCUGGCAGAGCAGGUACUUUGUGCUGGAUUUUGAGACUGGGAUUCUUCAGUAUUUUGUGAAUGAACAAAGUAAAAACCAGAAGCCACGAGGAGCCCUGUCUUUAGCUGGAGCUAUAAUCUCUCUCAGUGACGAAGUGCCACACAUGUUGGUAGUAUACUUUGCUAAUGGAGAGAUAUAUAAACUGAGAGCUGCUGAUGCAAAGGAAAAACAAUACUGGGUGACUCAGCUCCGAUCCUGUGCCAAAUACCACACGGAAGGUAAUUCUAAGAGCACUCCCUCCUCACGAAACAGAAACUUGUCUUUGAUUCCUCCUGGGAUGAGUAAUUCUGCAUCUCCUAGUAGUCAAAAACAUCAGGGUCAAAGUGGACCGACCGUUGUUACCGUUACACAUCACAAAUCGCCUGCAGCAGCCCGGAGAGCCAAGAGUCAAUAUACUGGUCAACUCCAUGAAGUCAGAGAGAUCAUGAGCCAAGUGGAGGGACAACAGAAGAAUCUUGUGCAAGCCAUUGAAUCCCUGCCAGGUUCUGGACCUCUUUCUGCCUUGGAUCAGGACUUGCUGCUUUUAAAAGCUACCUCUGCUGCCACCCUGAGCUGCCUUGGAGAAUGCCUGAAUUUAUUACAGCAGAGUGUGCAUCAGGCAGGCCAACACAAUAAUAGGACAUUGCCUUCAGAAAAUAUCCUGGGAUGGCAUGGGCCAAAGUCACAUUCCACAGAACUGAAAAAUGGUGCUUUCAGCUCUUUAUCAUCUGCUAGUGCCAAUAUAACGUGGGCAAUAGUACCAACUGCAACUCAAGAUGGGCAAACACUACAGCCAAAUACUGAGCAUUCAGCUCCUGAGUUGAUCCUGGUUGAAGGUGAGAUGACGGAUACCGAAGAUAAUGAAGAGGAGGAUUUAGGAGUCAUGGAAGAUCAGCGUAGCAUAAUUCUUCAUCUCAUCUCACAGCUCAAACUUGGCAUGGAUCUAACCAGGGUGGUGCUUCCAACAUUUAUUUUGGAGAAAAGAUCUCUGCUGGAGAUGUAUGCAAAUUUCAUGGCCCAUCCAGACCUGUUUUUGUCAAUUGCAGCUGGAGCCACUCCUGAGGAAAGAAUUAUUUGCUUUGUGGAGUAUUAUCUAACAGCCUUUCAUGAAGGCCGAAAGGGAGCAGUUGCCAAGAAACCUUAUAACCCAAUAAUUGGUGAAUCAUUUCAUUGCUCAUGGGAUGUGCCUAAAGACAAAGUGAAAUCAUUCAGAACUAACAGUGCCUCUGUAGUUUCUAAGGACCAAACCAAGGAAUUUGGCCAGGACCAAUCAGAGUGCUACAAGCUGAGGUUUGUAGCUGAACAAGUAUCCCAUCACCCACCAGUAUCAUGCUUUUACUGUGAAUGCAAGGAGAAGAGAAUGUGUGUGAACGCCCAUGUAUGGACCAAAAGCAAGUUCAUGGGAAUGUCAAUAGGUGUUUCUAUGGUAGGUGAAGGUGUUCUUUACUUAAUGGAACAUGAGGAAGAAUAUGUGUUCACGCUGCCUAGUGCCUAUGCACGUUCUAUACUUACCAUUCCAUGGGUGGAGCUUGGAGGUAAAGUCAGUAUUAACUGUGCCAAGACUGGCUAUUCUGCUAUUGUCACAUUCCACACCAAGCCUUUCUAUGGAGGAAAAGUUCAUAGGGUUACAGCAGAAGUGAAACACAAUCCCACCAAUACCAUUGUGUGUAAGGCACAAGGAGAAUGGAAUGGCACGCUGGAAUUUACGUACAGCAAUGGAGAAACCAAAGUGAUUGACACCACCAAACUGCCCGUUAUCCGAAAAAAGAUUAGACCAAUAGCAAAACAAGGUCCAUUUGAAUCAAGGCAUCUUUGGCAACAUGUCACCAACUCCCUGAAAGAAGGCAAUAUCGAUGCAGCAACGGAGCACAAGCACCGCCUUGAGGAAAGGCAGCGAGCAGAGGAGAGGCAACGUGUGGCUAUUAAUACACCCUGGAAACCAAAGUAUUUUACCAACGAGGGUGACGGUUGGAUAUACUUCAAUCCCCUCUGGAAGUCCCAUUGACAAGACAGAAUGCACUGUUGUCUCAUAACAAACCCAUCUUAGAGGCAUUAAAACGAUGCAGUAUAUAACCUUCAGGUGUC